UCUCAUUUCUCCGACAUGGGGCUGACGUAGCUGAGCACUCUCAAAUAUAGAGAGCACGAGAGAAAGUUGCAAGUGCUGUUAGGCCCCGUGGUGGUGAGCUGAGGACGACUUUAAGAAGACCGAUUUCACUGAAAUAUUUAAAGUGUUAAAAUUCGGGCAUUUAUAGAGAGCUAAGAAGGAGAUACCCACAGAUGAUUUUCUUACUUUUUGUUUGUGUUUUCAAUCCUAUUCUCUCCCUAUCCCAGCUCAACCCUCCGCCCAAAGGGCUUGGCAGCCGAACCAAGCGCUUUCUCUACUGCACAUUUUGCCGGCACAUUUUUCCUUUUAAAACCUGCUGUCAGGUCAUUUGAUUCCAGUCUGUAGAUAUUCCACCAUUCGUUUGGAUCUUUCUGGAAGGGAAUAUGAGUCGUAACUUAAGAAGAUUUUAACCGAAUAAAUAAAAUCCAUGAAAGUUUUUUUUUCCCCUGCUGCCAUCUGUGCUAAGUGGAAAUACAAGGAAUACCAAAAUACUUCUUAAUUUGCCUUUCAGAGGCAUCAAAUGUCAUCUGAAAUGUUACCAGCAUUUGUUGAGACUUCUAAUGUUGAAAGAAAGCAAGACUUAAGUGAAGAUCAAGAGAGCCAGAAACCAAGAUUAAGUAAAGACUUUGAACCAAUAUCUAAACGACAAAGGAAGAAGCUAAUAAAACAGAAACAAUGGGAAGAACAACGAGAACUCCGCAAACAAAAGCGGAAGGAAAAACGUAAGAGAAAGCAGUUAGAGCGACAGUGUCAAAUGGAAUCAAACUCUGAUGGAAAUGACAGGAAACGUAUUCGAAGAGAUGUUGUUCACAGCACACUUCGCCUCAUUAUUGACUGUAGUUUUGACAGCUUGAUGGUAUUAAAGGACAUUAAAAAACUUCAUAAGCAGAUUCAACGAUGUUAUGCAGAAAAUCGACGAGCACCGCAUCCUGUACAGUUUUACUUGACAAGCCAUGGAGGCCAGUUGAAAAAGAACAUGGAUGAAAAUGACAAAGGAUGGGUCAACUGGAAGGAUAUCCACAUUAAACCAGAGCAUUAUAGUGCAUUUAUAAAGAAAGAAGAUCUGAUUUAUCUUACAUCUGAUUCACCUAAUGUACUGAAGGAAUUAGAUGAAUCAAAAGCUUAUGUAAUUGGAGGAUUAGUAGAUCACAACCAUCACAAGGGACUCACAUAUAAACAAGCAUCAGAUCAUGGAAUUGAUCAUGCACAGCUCCCCCUUGGAAAUUUUGUGAAGAUGAAUAGUAGAAAAGUUUUGGCAAUUAAUCAUGUGUUUGAAAUAAUUCUGGAAUACCUGGAAACAAGAGACUGGCAAGAAGCAUUUUUUACUAUCUUACCCCAGCGGAAAGGAGCCAUUCCCACAGACAAAGCCUGUGAAACUUCUUCCCAUGACAAGAAGUCCGCCAGAGUUGAAGGUGAAUUGGACAGUGAUUCCAGUGAGGAAGAAAAUAGCAGAAAUAAACUAGAUUCUCCACCUGAAGAAAAGCAGGACAAAGAAAAUAGCACUGACUCUACAGUGAACUCUAUACCACACUAAUGUCAUCUGUUUUCUUGUUUUUGUUUUUGUUCUUUAGUUUAAAAACAAAAUAGGAGAAAAUGAGGCGUUUCAUAGAAUAUUCAAAUUGGAAGAAAAUUCCAUUUUCCCUUAUUUCUGUUGUGAAUUUUUAAACCUUUUUUUUUAGAGCUAAGUGUAAAAACACUUGUAAAAAAAAGCACUUUUUGUUUUUGCAUAAGAUUUAAAUGUGUAAUUUUUUUAAAAUAGUUUUCUAAGCCUCAAAUAAGAGUUUUUGAGAAUUUUACUUUAUUAGUAGACUUUCAUUCUCUUAUUUUUUGGAUUGGAUUCUUCAAAAUGUGCCUCUGACCUUUUAGUUUUAUUAUGGUGUUUAUAUCAGUGUCUUUCUGAUUUAUUGCCUACUUAUUUGUAAAGGUAGAUACUCACAUGUAAGUGUACCAAAAUGUUCUGUAUGGGAAGUUAGCUUCUAUUUCAACUUUUAUAUCGAAUUUAAUGACUUCAAAGGAAUAUAGUGAUUUCAGGAGGAAGUGUUGGAUUGACAAACUUAAUUAAUUUCUCUGGACUAUGAAGCCUGUCUCUGUUCCUCCUUUGUGAUGCCUUUUCAUGGUUCUAACGCAAUCACUGAAGAGUUAAUCUCUUUAUUAUAUUUUCUUAAUUCAAAUAAUGGUAAUGAAUUAUUUCAGUUACAAAAAUUAAUUUUUCAGGCUAGAUUAUUUUAAAAGGCUGUUGAAGGAUAAAUUUUAUCUUUACCUAAAUUUAAGAUGAAAAACCUCUCAGCAGCUAUCUUUUCUUUGAUUAAAUAAAAUAUUUGUUGUUUGAAUAAAGUUAACUUUAUAUGUGCAUCUGCCUACUAUUAUAUAAUCAAGCUAAUGUAAAUGUAUAUUUCUGUAAAUUAUAUAAGGAUGUAUGAAAAUAUGCACAUAAUUGUAUAUAUACAUGUUUGUCCACAGCAUGUAUGAGUCUGUUAUUAAUAGUAAACAAUUGAGUUGCCAUAUAUGUGUAUUAUUUCUGUGAAUGGUUGUGUUGAACUACACUAAGGAAUUUAAAUUUUACAAAAUAUAAAUAUUCAUAACUAAA